CGCGCCAUGUUCUUACAAAUAUCAACGUUGUGUUGUGUCUUUAGCCAACUCCUGGCGUCAGAAAGUGGUCAGCAGAAGAGGGUACUCCUACACAACGACGAUGACUUGCUGGCCAUUGUCCAUGCACUACAGGCAAAGGUUUCGGAACAGGACGCGAAAAUAAGUACCCUACAGGCACAAGUGGCAUCGCCCCCAACCGGUCAAGGGUCAACAUAUAUCCGCUGGGGCCGAACGGUCUGUCCAUCAAAUGGAACCGAACUUGUAUAUAAAGGUUUUGCUGCGGGAAACUGGUUUAAUUGGCAUGGCGGGGCUGCCGAUUACAUCUGCUUGACACAAGAUCCAAUCUGGGGUGUCUAUGAAGACGGCGCAAAUUUGGUCAGCGCAAAAAUUUACGGGACCGAAUACGAAUUUGGUGAACACUAUUCAGACGGCGGUGCCAAGUUUUUCGGAUCGAAUCUUUACGAGCACGAUGUUCCAUGUGCUCUGUGUCAUUCAUCUAGACCAGCAACGGUGAUGAUUCCUGGCCGGAACCAGUGCUACCCGGGAUGGACGCUCGAGUAUUCCGGAUAUCUGGUCUCCGGGAGGAAUCAGGGCACAUAUGAUGUGUCGGCCACCAACUACGCAUGCCUUGAUACCGUUCCGGAGUCUGAGUUCGGGGAUAAUCAAAAUAACAAUGGGAAACUCAUGGUUCUUGUUGAAGCUCAAUGCGGAUCUCUAAAAUGUCCGCCAUAUGUCCAGAACCGUGAAAUUACGUGUGUGGUUUGUUCCAAAUAA